AUGGCUGUUACACCGUUUGGUAAUACUUCAGCUGCUCAAUGGGGAAUUCGUCCCCAGCUUAUCGCCAGAUCCACCACCAUGGCCAGGUUUGCAUCGGCAAGCCAGAAUGCUUCAAGCAGGGUAAACUUUAUGGCUGCCCCAAGUUCAACCUUUUUUGCUCGGGAUUCCUUGCGUUUUGACAUUGGCUCAUAUCAAACUUUGCAUCGUCAAAGGGGAUCAAGGUUCAUAGUUAGAGCAGAGACAGAUUACUACACUGUCCUUGGGGUGUCAAGAAAUUCUACCAAAUCUGAAAUUAAGACUGCUUAUCGAAAGCUAGCCCGGAAUUAUCACCCAGAUGUGAACAAGGAACCUGGUGCAGAAGACAAAUUUAAGGAAAUUAGUAAUGCUUAUGAGGUCUUAUCAGAUGAUGAGAAACGAUCCAUAUAUGACAAAUAUGGAGAGGCAGGGCUCAAGGGUUCAGGAAUGGGCGGCAUGGGGGAUUUCAGCAAUCCUUUUGAUCUGUUUGAGACGCUAUUUGAGGGCAUGGGUAGUGGCAGCAGCAGAGGUUCUUGGAAUGGAGCAGUGGAUGGCGAAGAUGAGUAUUACAGUCUUAUUUUGAAUUUUAAAGAAGCUAUUUUCGGAGUGGAAAAGGAGAUAGAGAUAAGGCGACUUGAGAAUUGUGGAACUUGCGAUGGUUCAGGUGCUAAACCAGAAACUCGAACACCUUGCGGUACAUGUUCUGGGGAUGGUCGGGUGAGGAAAACAAAGCGGAUAAGUCUCAAGGUUCCGGCUGGUGUGGAUUCUGGUAGCCGUUUAAGGGUCCGAAACGAAGGUAACACUGGAAGGCGCGGAGGUUCUCCCGGUGAUCUCUUUGUUGUUCUUGAAGUUACCCCAGAUCCCGUGCUUAAACGAGAAGACACCAACAUUUUAUACUCUUGUAAAGUGUCCUACAUUGAUGCAAUCUUGGGGACUACACUUAAGGUUCCAACUGUAGAUGGCAUGGUGGAUUUAAAAAUCCCCACCGGGACACAACCGGGAUCAACACUUGUUAUGGCCAAGAAAGGUGUUCCACUGCUGAACAAAAAGAACAUGAGGGGUGAUCAAUUGGUUCGAGUGCAAGUUGAGAUUCCGAAGAAACUGAGCAGCGAUGAGAGAAAACUUAUUGAAGAACUCUCGGAGUUGAGCAAAGGCAAGACCACAGCUGCUAGGAGAUGA